GUCGCCACCGAGCUUCUGGGAGCACUGUGGUCCAUUGUCGUUGACGGCGAGCAAAACAUCUAUGUAUUGGCAUCCACGUACAAUUCAAGGCUCUCCUUCACCUCCACACCCUCCUGCCCUGGCUGCUCAAACAAUCUGCAGGCCGUCUUGCCUGUAGCAUAGGUCAACUCGGCGCGCCACUCAACAGACGCCAGGGCCUGCCAUGGCGCAUAUGCAACUAUCCCGGGCCGGAACGGGCUUCUCAGCCACCCCAAGCACGCCAAACACGACGUCCACACUGGAACGGAAGGAGCUCGAGAACGUGUGGCGAGACCUCAAGGAGCAGGUUCUCAUACUGGCUGGCGGCAACCCGUCCAAUCUCAAAAAGCUUGACAUUGAUGAUGUCCUGCUCACACUCGACAAGGUUGCGACGGAGAAAGCCGCGAAGAAAGCGGCAGACAAGUUUGCAUGGCUCAAAGAUGUAACCGGCAAAACGUUGCAAUGCAUCCAAACAGUCGGCGGGAUGAUCGCCGAUGGUGCCUCUGAAGUGUUUGGACCUUCACAGAUGUGCUUUAAUGCACUGACGUUUGUCAUUCAGGCUUGGCAGGGAUAUGAGGGCAUGUUUGAGAACCUGGCCGAGCUUCUCGAGAAAUGCACAGAAUUUCUGGAGCGUCUCACAUAUUAUAAGGACAAGAUGGACACCAGACUUGCCUGCUUGGCUUGCCAAAACCUCCGGCUGUUUGUCGAGGUGUGCGCCAAGACCAUACAACUUCGCAAGAAACAUGCAAGGCUUUUUGCUUUCACGAGGCAGUUGUUCCUCAACGAUAAUGGCAUCCAGGAUCUGCUCGACAUGAUGGAUCGGCUCAACGGCAAAGAAACACUCCUCGUGAACGCACAGACAUGGCGAAUAGUGCAGGACAGUGCCGGGAGAUUGGACAUACUGCUGGAAGGGCAGCGCAAGCAGCGGCGAGACGAGGAGAUGAAGAAUUGGCGACGAGCGAUUGUGGCGAGGCUCGGAUUUCCAGAAACCUCACUCGGAAGCAACAAGGAGCCAGUCCCAUACUGGCGAAAGUCCUAUGACAACAGGAAGAACAGCCUGGUUGACGGCACGGGCAAGUGGGUUUCCAACUAUGCUCCUUUCAAAGACUGGCUGGCUUCCGAGAACCCCCGACACUACAUGCUUGUCACACAGGGUGAUAGCGGUUCCGGGAAAACAUCCUUGAUGGCGAACAUCCUCCGGUCAUUUCUCACGGCAGAUCAGCCUGGACCGACAUCAAGGGUGGUCUGCGCGUACUACUUCCCCGAGGCCGAUAGGCGAAAGGAGGACGAUGAGGACAUUGGGACCUUGCUGGAAGUCGUCACACGCACACUCUUGUGGCAAAUCGCCACGGCCUACGAAGCAAUGACCAAGUCCUUCAUGCAACUUAUGGACCGGCACGCUGAUUUCACCAAUUCUGUGGACCAAUGGCGAAAGCUGUUCGUAAACAAUAAAGAGCGGCUCAACCCCGACACCACCUUCUAUCUUUUCAUCGACGGAGUGGACGAAGAGAUCCAGAAGCUACUGCCGCUCCUAGAAACCCUGUCCGAGGUGCCCGAUAACAAGAAGAUGCGCAUCUUUAUCAACGCCCGGCCAGCCACGGUCAGCGGCUUCCUCAGAAAGUCCUUGUCACUCAAUUUCGGCAUGAUUCCUAUUCGGGAACUCAACGAGGAUGAUGUGCAAAAGUACAUUGUCGAUCGCAUGGACAAGAUGCCAAUAACGCGAGACGCUGAAAGGCGUCCUGGAAUAGACAGUUGGCGCAAGACCAUCCUCAGAACCCUUCAAAAAGAGUGCCAAGGUGAUUUCAUCAAGUUGAACAACAGCCUCAACAAGCUAUCUACUGUUGACCUUGUGGACGACAUCACCGACAUCCUCAAGCAGGCCGGUCAAACGCGUGAUGACCUGAUACAGGCAGAGAUUCGGCGCCUCAAUACCACAAGAACGCCCAAGGAGAUCCAGGAGAUCAAUGAGAUCAUGUACUGGAUUGAAGCAGGGCGCCAAUGGUUCUCAGUUGACCAGAUGGAAGCUCUGCUUUCUGUCAAGCACCAUCGUUCUCGCCGCAAUUCCAACUCAACACCGACGGUUGCCAGCGUUGGCCGAUUUGCCAACUCUCCCAAAGGCUACACACAAUCUCCGAAACUAUCGGGAUUGGGCCUUGGGAGUGGCCUGGGGAUAGCGUCGCCUGUUGAUAGCGGGACCCGAUCCAGCAGCCCCCUGGGAAAUACGCAGUCUCGAUACGGCAUAUCUCUUCUCCCUCUAGCUCAGAAGCUCGUCGAGAAGUAUUCGCUCUUCACCAUCACAGACUCCGGAAAUGUCGACUGGCGCUCUAUUGACUAUGUGCCUUUCAUUCCCGAGUAUGACGACUAUGAGGUUGGCCACCGGACAGACAUCCCUGCCACCACUGGCCGCGUUGCUGAGACAGAGAUCAACAUCGUCCGCCACUUCCUCCACAACGUGUGCCCGACCGAGCUCUACGACCGAUUUGACUUUGAAAAGUUCUUCAAUGAUAAAGUCGGUGGCGGAACGCGCGAGGGCGUUCACAUUGACCCGCAUAAUUCCCACCUGCGCAUCACCAUAACAUGCCUCACACUCCUCACAGAUCCCGGGCUGAAGCUCAAUGUUGAACUCCGAUACUAUGCGUGCUGGUGGUUGCUAGACCAUAUGAAGGAGACAGAUCUAUCACUGGCAAGCCGGGAGCUGAAGGCUUCUGCCGGCGUGCUGCUUGCGAAGCUUUUCACGGACGAUUACGGUAUCGACACUUUCUUGUGGCCCUUUGAUCUCAAUGUUAGCAUGGAAACAUGGAGACAUGGCGAAGGUGCAACGCUGAGGGACGUUCGAAGUGAAUGGCUCUACACGCUACACGGAUACGGCAUGGAAGAACUCAAGCGGUGGUUCAAAGACAGCAGUGUCAUUAGCGCGGUGACGAGUCCUCCGGGGGAGGACUUUAUCACAGCCGUGCGAAAUGCCGAUGUCAAAGAUCUGCACAUGGUCAUCUUGCGUCCAGCCGCGAUACGCAUGGCCAAGCACCUCUAUCGGCGUAUGGAGUUCACCAAACGCCAAAUUUUGGCAGGCCAUUGGUUCAUCCGCGGCUAUCUAGCACGGUGUGACCCGGAGAAAUCGAAAAUGAUGACAGACUCCCGACACGACUACGUCCUGGAAGACUCUGCUAUGUUCAAGCCGUUCGAGGGCGAGUCUUUCACGCUUGAAGAAGUCCUAGAGAUUGAGGCUUGGUGCGCAACGGAACUGCAGAGCUCCAAGGAUGAUUCGAAACAGCAAUCGUUAUGGCAGAUUCAUGCAGCCCUCGCCAUCUUUCAACUGACCAAGGGCAAUACUGAGGAAUAUCAGAAGCGAGCACGUGAAGCCAUCAGGCUCAACCCACAGAACUGGCACGCAUGCCAUUUCAUCGCCAGUCAGACCUCUACCUCAAACGAGGAGGCAAUCACACUGCUGAAGAGGGCCAAGAAGGACAUGGAUAUCGCACGUUCACGUUCACCCUCAUGGCUGAGUGACCAUGCCAACUCGUCCCUGCUGGCACGAACCACUCUGGAGCUCGGCGAUCGGCUGUGGGAUCUAGGCGAGGAUGCGGCAUUGGCCGCGAAAGUCCACCGCGAGAGUCUGCAGUACGACUAUACGCAUUUCCGGGACUAUGUAACCAUCCUCGAGAACUAUCAGCAACGUGCAGCGUGGGAUGCUAUCAUAGCGUUUGUGGAAGCCCUGAACAAUGCGAAGGAGUCUUGGGAAGCGUGGUAUGAUGAGCUUGUCAACGAGUUCAUGGUUGCACUUACGAAAUCGGGCGAAAACUUCCUCGCCAAGGCCGCAGACGCUACACAGCGUUGGGAUGUUGUGGAGGUCUUCUUCACCAUCAGUAUCGAUCUCGGGGAGAAGAGAGACGCGACGAGCCUUCUAUUUGUCGUACAGGAUGCAUUCGCCAAGGUCCUCGAAGCUGCUGCUGGCGAGCAGCACAAGGAGAAGAUUUUGAGCAUCCGCAGCGACGCCUUGGCGAUGGUCAAGGAGCAUCCUGACGACUAUCUGCCGAAGGACUCUGUCAGCGCGAUGACUGGAUCCUUGGCUCUUGCUUAUCUGGAAUUGGCCUUGACCCCGCCUUCGACCAUGUCGGAAACCGAAGCUGAGACGUAUGGCGCACGUCUCGCUGGCCUUACCCCGGAGACGGAUCAUCAAUACGAUAUAUGGUCCAUCAUAGUACCUGUCUGCUGCCUCAUACGGUAUCAUACGAAGCGCAGUACAAGCACAAAGUUGUCGACAUACUGGCUCCACCGCAUCAUUCGUUCCAGUCUCGAGCUAUUAUCGGAUGAGGACGAGGACAAUGACGACAUUGCCUUCUGGGUUUUGUCACGGAUUUUGACUACGGUUGAGGACCGCGAGAACACCCGCAUUGUCUACAACCUCCGCAACUCUCUUCAGGCACAAGCCCUGCAGUCAUGGGAGCAGUGGAAAUCUGCUCGUGAGGGGUGGGCCAGUUCAGAGUUGCCAAGUCAAGCCUACUCGGAGCCCACGCCGUACUCCUCGCGUGAGAGCAGUUUCUACGGCCAGGACAGCUUUGAAAGCAGCACUCUAUACCGCCACCGCACCGAGCCUAUCGACCCGCGCACAAACGGACAUGCCGACAAUACCAAGAUGGACAAGCGCCGACAGCUCCCCACACGGACCAAUACCAAUGGAUCGACCGCCUCUUCAGAGACGCCAAUGCACGUGUCGCGGCGCACAUCGGCCCCUGCUCAGGGAAUCCUGCACGUAAAUACAGACUCGUCGAUGCCGCAGCUGCCGAACUCGCCAGACGCGUCGAACGCCGGCACCGAACCAAGUUACACUGGCCCUACCAAGCCCGACUGGUUCGUUGACUGCGCAUCCUGCGGCAAGAAGUGGAUCGUGGAGGACCAGGAGGUACUGCACACUUGCGCGGACUGUGUCGGCGUGGUUAAGCUCUGCGAGACAUGCUACGCGAAGCUGAAAAAGGGCGAGCUGCCUAAGACCAAGACAAUGCGUUGCGAUCGUGAGCAUACCCUCUUUGCGAUUCCCAAAUGGGUUCCGAGCAUCUACAUAGGGAUGCCCCGGGGCAGUGUGCCAUUACCAGAUAUAGAGGGAAAGGCGGGCGAGGAGAGGUGGAUCACACUGGACCAGUGGAAGAACAGGGUGAGGCGGAAGUACCUCGGUGAGGAGAGGAGAAGUUUAGUGGUUGCGUCGCCCACAAGCCCCAUCCUGACUCGUUGAGCGCCCUGAUUAGGUGAAGCAGGUGCCGCUUGGGGUCUUCAUGUAGAUGUAUAUUGUCUAGCAUAUGUCUGGUCUCAAGUUCAGCAGCAUUGGGAAACAGCACGUCUGCGUCAACGGCGCUCCAGCGCGGUGCAUUUUCUAGGUACUUUGGGCUGUAUUAAAGAUCACAUCAACAGAAGUGAACUAUCUCGUCCCUGCGCCAGAA